GCGGCGGCCUCGGGAGUUGCCGUCGACCGUGCUGGUUUCCUCUACUUGAACAGCCUUCCCGGGCCGUCGUUGUUGGACGGGUCGCUGUUCGCCGUGGAGCCAUGUCUGUGAGCGAGAUCUUCGUGGAGCUGCAGGGCUUCCUGGCUGCCGAGCAGGAUAUCCGGGAGGAAAUUCGAAAAGUUGUGCAGUGUAUAGAACAAACAGCUCGAGAGAUCUUAACUCUACUGCAAGGGGUCCAUCAGGGUGCUGGAUUUCAGGACAUUCCAAAGAGAUGUUUGAAAGCACGAGAGCAUUUUGCUACAGUGAAGACACACCUAACAUCUUUGAAGACCAAAUUCCCUGCUGAACAGUAUUACAGGUUUCACGAGCACUGGAGGUUUGUGUUGCAGCGCUUGGUCUUCCUAGCGGCAUUUGUUGUGUACCUGGAAUCAGAAACGCUAGUGACUCGAGAAGCAGUUACAGAAAUUCUUGGCAUUGAGCCGGAUCGGGAGAAAGGAUUUCAUCUGGAUGUAGAAGAUUAUCUCUCAGGAGUUCUAAUUCUUGCUAGUGAACUGUCCAGGCUCUCCGUUAACAGCGUGACCGCUGGAGACUACUCCCGGCCCCUUCACAUCUCCACCUUUAUCAAUGAGCUCGAUUCUGGGUUCCGCCUUCUCAACCUGAAAAAUGAUUCCCUGAGGAAGCGCUAUGACGGCCUGAAGUAUGAUGUGAAGAAAGUGGAGGAGGUGGUCUAUGAUCUCUCUAUUCGAGGUUUCAACAAGGACACUGUCGCUGCCUGUGGCGAGAAAUAGGACGGUUGCCAGUGAGGGGAGCAUAGUACUUUUUGUGCUAGUUAGGAUGCUCCGUUGCUGAACACCUGUCACUUUCUUUUCUUGUAUGGUGUACUUCGCAGAAUUGCAAUAGUCUUGGGGGGUGGGAAGCAAGUGAAUAACCUUUACCAGGACAGAUUUUCCUUUAUCAUUUCAGUGAGGUUGAGUUCUGUAGUUCAGUAUGUUUUUAGUUCUGUCAGAAAGUGUAAUUGUCAUAUCCUUUGUCAAGUCCUUUUCUUGCUUACCCUAGUGCUGUUGAUAGACCGAUUGGUUGGGAAGUUGUCUUAUAUGUGAUUCUUCUAGAAGUAUUCUUUAUUUUUUUUUUAUAUACAAUCCAAAUCAGCCCUCCAUGCCUAGGUAUAACUUAGUAUAAAAAUAGAUAAUUAAAAAUGAUGGUUGCCAAGUAAAGGACAAUUUGUUUUAUACUUUCCUUAUUUAAGCCUUGUGAGUAAAUUAGAUGUUGAUUUGGGGGUGGGAUAGAGGGGGAGUUAUAGCCCCAGGGUUCUUUUUCACUGCCAUCAAAACACAAAAAGUUAAACUACAAAGUCAGGUUCAACAGAUUAUUUUGGGAAGUUGUCUUUUUAUUAGGAGAUUUAAGUAACAUCUUAGUUUGGCUCUAUUUUUAAGGUAGUAGGGCUAAGUGUUUUUGAAAAACCUGUUUUCUGAUGUUGCCUUAACAUUCUGCUACUGCAGCAUUUAAUUAUCCACACACAUCUUGAACUAAAAUUUCAUGUGACGUUGUGAAGCUAUAGACCCUUCUUCCUGCCAGCUGGCUAGACUGACCUGGGAGUAUGAUGCUCCCAGCUGAGGUAAUUAGCAGUACCCUAAGUAGUAUGUUCUAAGUGGAAAAAAAAUGCUGUGUUUUGUCUGGAAGAAAGUAAAAUGUUUGGAUUCAAGAAAAAUCAGCUGACUCAGUUUCAUUUUUGAAUACACAAUUUGAGGUGGCUAUUUCAACAGCUGCGUUUUACAUUUACAGUUUUGGGCAAAUCACAUAAUCUUGUUGGCAUCUAUAUCUCCCUCUUUAGUUUUAAGCAGUGCUCAGAACACUGGCUCUGUUCAGUUGAAUGGGUGACAUAAUCCAGUAUUUUGGAGUCCAUUGUAAGGAAGGUGCUAGUGCUGCCUGGAGGUAUUUAGAAAUCCCCCCUCUUUGUGCCUGAUGUUAGUUUGGGCUUUUUGUUUGUACUGUGUAUACAGGGAUUAUAUUUGGCAUUUUCAUCAGAACUUUUUAUCUGGCCAAGUGAAGGACUCAACACAUUUUUCAUCAUGAGGGGAGAAGUAGAAAUGAGGCAGGCAUUGCUAUGCAUUGUUUGGUUUGCCAAUUUUUUUUUUAACCUGCAGAAAUAUAUGUAGAUAGGAAAAAGGGUGUGAGGGUCUUUAAAGUGCCUCAAAUGGUUGGAUGAUCAUCUGAAAUAUGGAGUAACAGCACUGCUUGGAUUGAACAUGAAAGGUAUUUUAUCACAUGAUCAGGCAUUGGCAGGAGUUCUGUUAUGGUAUGCUUCACUGUCAGUUCUUUUUGGGAAUAUUAAAGUUCUUGCCAGAGUGGUACAUUAUGGUUUUAACAUACAUACGGAGCAUAUGUUGUCUUGUAACUCUGUGAGAUUUUUUUUUAAGUGUUAUGUUUAUAAUUAUUCAGUUGUGUUUUGUUGCUGUGGCUUGUAAUGCAAUAAAAACGUUUUUUGGUGA